CUCUCUCUCUCUCUCUCUCUCUCUCUCUCUCUCAUCGUCGACCUCCUCAGGUCACUGGCUUGAGUUAUAAUCAUGGCUCAUGGGUCGUCCAAUCCAUCUAUAUUUCAGAAAUUACAUGGGCAGUCCAGCCUCAUUCCUAAGCUUUCUCCCAACUUGAACAGCAGAAACUAUGGUUUAACUGGCGCUUAUGCAAAUGGAGGCUUGCAAGGACCCCUGCUCCCAGCUUGCCAAAGCACUCCCCUGGCACAGCUCUCGCCGUUGUCUACCAUUUUGGUACAGGCUCCGGCAGAGAAAGGGGCUGCUGGUUUUGCUGUUGAUUUCCUUAUGGGAGGUGUAUCUGCUGCUGUUUCUAAAACAGCUGCUGCUCCAAUUGAGCGUAUUAAGCUAUUAAUCCAGAACCAGGAUGAGAUGAUCAAGGCUGGUCGUCUUUCUGAACCAUACAAGGGGAUUACUGACUGCUUUGCCCGAACAAUGAAGGAUGAGGGUGUCAUUGCUCUGUGGAGAGGAAAUACUGCUAAUGUUAUCAGAUACUUUCCUACCCAGGCCUUAAACUUUGCUUUCAAGGAUUAUUUCAAGAGGCUUUUCAACUUCAAGAAGGACAGAGAUGGCUACUGGAAGUGGUUUGCUGGGAACCUGGCGUCUGGUGGUGCUGCUGGUGCUUCAUCUCUUCUGUUUGUUUAUUCCUUGGACUAUGCUAGAACACGUUUGGCAAAUGAUGCUAAAGCUGCCAAAAAGGGUGGGGAGAGGCAGUUUAAUGGUAUGAUCGAUGUGUACAAGAAAACCCUAAAGUCUGAUGGUAUUGCUGGGCUGUAUCGUGGAUUUAACAUCUCAUGUGUUGGGAUUAUUGUGUAUCGUGGGCUCUACUUUGGAAUGUAUGAUUCUCUGAAACCUGUGGUUCUGGUGGGUAGCUUGCAGGAUAGUUUCUUUGCUAGUUUUUUGCUCGGAUGGGGAAUUACAAUUGGAGCUGGAUUGGCUUCAUACCCAAUUGACACAGUGCGCAGAAGGAUGAUGAUGACAUCAGGAGAAGCAGUAAAAUAUAAAAGCUCUUUGGUUGCCUUUAAGCAAAUUGUCAAAAAUGAGGGUGCUAAAUCUCUAUUUAAAGGUGCUGGAGCAAACAUAUUGCGUGCUGUUGCAGGUGCUGGUGUGCUUGCUGGCUAUGACAAGCUGCAAGUCAUUGUUCUUGGCAAGAAGUAUGGAUCUGGUGGUGGUUAAAUGUGAUGUUAUGUUGAUGAAAGCGUAGUGUUUGAUUAUGUCUAAUGGCUUGGUGGAAUAAGUUUAGAUGACUGAUAGUGCUUUCAUGUCUUCACAUAUUUAGGGAACUGUUAUUAGAAAAUCAUAGGUACAAGGAUGAAAUUUGAGUUGUAGGUGUUUUAUAACUUCCUGUGAGUUAUAAGUUGGUGUGUAUGGGGGUGCCUAUUUCUGAGUUAUCUGUUCAUGAAUGUUACCAGCAGCUGUGUUAGGGGCUCUAAAUUAGGUAAGCCAUGAAUCAGUUGGAUUAUUGAAAGGAGUAGUUUCUCAAACAUUGAUGCCACUAUGGGCCAAUGGCACUUCAUUUUUUUCACACUGCCUCUCCCAUUGGCCUUCAGGCAAGACUAACCAAGUACAAACAAAAACGAGGUAGGUACGUGGAGCAAAUGAAGGGGGAUAGCCUCAAACUUUCCUUGAGUUUGAAGAAAACCGAAGGUUAGCCUGCUGUCUGGGUUUGGUCUUAUCUGGGGAUUGAAGAUGUCUUUCUCCAGCUCCACUUGGAACAACUGUGAAAACUACCUAUAUGGAAUGAGGUAGGUCUUUAAUCGUUAUCAAAGAAAAUAACUCGAUAUUUAGGCUAUGUACUAUUAGCACUAUUAUUGCCAUCAUACUCUCUUCUCUCUUCCAAAUAUGAAUGUACAAGAUUCAUAUUAAAGCCGGAAUUGUAAUGGUGGACUGUCGCUAGCCAGCCAGAACAUAUUUUCUUCCAGCAUUAUCAUCUGGUCUGAAUAAAAUGAUUGAAGAGGAGACUAGUAAC